GACGACGCCGCUCGCUCCCGGAAGUAGGAGGCGUCCGGCGGAGUUUGUGUGGCAGCCGCCGCGGGAACCCGAGCGCGGUAGUUUUCUUCCAAGGGAGAAAGGCGGCUUCGCGGGGCUCGGCGGCGUGGGAGCGAGCGUCGGCAGCCAUCUCCCGGCGUGAGAGGCGGCAUGGAGGACGAGCGGGGCCGGCCGCGUGGCGGCGGCGACGCGGCUCAGCAGAAGACGCCGCGGGCCGAGUGUGAGGAGCCGCGGCCGCUGAGCGUGGAGAAAAAGCAGCGAUGUAGACUGGAUGGCAAAGACACAGAUGGAUCUAAGAUCAUCACCUCCAAUGGAAGUGACUUCAGUGACCCAGUUUACAAAGAGAUUGCAAUGGCAAACGGCUGUAUUAAUAGAAUGAGUAAGGAGGAACUCAGAGCCAAGCUCUCAGAAUUUAAACUUGAAACAAGAGGGGUCAAGGAUGUCCUAAAGAAGAGAUUGAAAAACUAUUACAAGAAGCAGAAGUUGAUGCUGAAAGAAAGCAGUUACGUGGACAGUUACUAUGACUACAUUUGUAUUAUUGACUUUGAAGCUACUUGUGAAGAGGGAAACCCAGCUGAGUUCAUACAUGAAAUCAUCGAGUUUCCUGUUGUUCUGUUGAAUACGCACACCUUAGAAAUAGAAGACACGUUUCAGCAGUAUGUGAGGCCAGAGGUUAACUCACAGCUUUCAGAUUUCUGCAUCAGUCUCACUGGAAUUACUCAGGAUCAGGUAGACAGAGCCGAUGCUUUCCCUCAGGUCCUGAAAAAAGUAAUUGAGUGGAUGAAGUCAAAGGAGUUAGGAACUAAGUACAAAUACUGCAUAUUAACAGAUGGUUCCUGGGAUAUGAGUAAGUUCCUGAACAUCCAGUGCCAACUCAGCAGGCUCAAAUACCCUCCUUUUGCUAAAAAGUGGAUCAAUAUUCGAAAGUCAUAUGGAAACUUUUAUAAGGUUCCUAGAAGCCAAACUAAACUGACAAUAAUGCUUGAAAAAUUAGGAAUGGAUUACGAUGGGCGGCCUCACAGUGGUCUUGAUGACUCUAGGAAUAUUGCUAGAAUAGCAAUUCGGAUGCUUCAGGAUGGAUGUGAACUUCGAAUCAAUGAAAAAAUACACGGAGGACAGUUGAUGAGUGUCUCCUCUUCCUUACCAGUAGAGGGCGCUCCAGCUCCACAAAUGCCACACAGUAGAAAGUAGCUGCAUAUUUGUUGGCUCAGUUGCUAACGAUUGUAUCCCAGCUAGUGCAGCCUCAAGCACCUUUAAACAUUUAAAAUCCUAUUACAGUUACAGAGAGAUGGGUAUGUAUACAAACACUCAGUGGGGGAACACUCUGAAUUCUUUGUCACCAGCACUUUUGGUAUGAGCAGUAUUUGUUACACAGUAGCCAUUCCUGCUUAGAGCUGAAUUUUAUACUAUGGGGUAUCCAAGAUGUGUUUGUUUGGCUUUAAAUGCAGAUUUAUUGAUUUAUUCCUUGAUGUUGAAAUUUGAAAUGAAUUUCUACAUUAAUACCAUUAAAUUAAAUAUGUUUUUAGAAGUGUGGAAAGGAUUGAAAAGUAAUGUUUAUGUUCCCAUUGGAUUUUGUGUACAACAUAGUCCUUUUAGUUUUUGAAGUUUGUAGGUAAAGUUCAACUGCAGUCAGCCUCUUGGUGUCAUUGAGGGAUUUGUUACUUCAAGUAGCAUAAUGUGUGUAUAUAAGCUACACAUAUUCUCCCAUACACUUAAAUGAAUUCUAGAUAGCUUAUACUUAAUAAAGUAUAAAGAAAAUGGUUGCAUUGUCUAGGGACUGAAGACAAGAAUAAAAGUGUGCGGUGAUGCACACACAGCACAGUAGGCCUGACCACACGGCACAUGAAGAGUUGCUCAGCCAGCAGCAGCAGUUGACCUGUGCACCACACAUUCUGGUCCAUUCAGCUUCACGCUUUCUGGGCAGCAAAUUCAGGUAUUUCUUUCUGGAACACUGCGUGUAUUCGGGACAGGUAGUUGCUUUAAAGGUUUACCACCAAGCUUGACAACCCAAGUUUGAGUCUGAGUACUCACACGGUGGACUGAGAGAAUCAACUCAAGGGUGCCCUCCGACCCUCUGCUUGCACGCUGGUGGAAUUGAGCCUUCCACAGCAAAUGAGAAUAAGCACAAUGUGAUAAAGUACUGGGACGCGUCUGCUUUCAGCUCAUAACUGAAACCCUGUCAUAGACUACAGGCUCUAGUAAGAAAUCUAGUUUUUGAGAAGAUUGGUGAAGAGUUAGAAGAACCAGCCUGUGACAUACACAUGUAAUUCCAGUACUGGGGAGUUAGGGUGAAGAUGAAUCUGAGGCCACCCUGGAUCCACCAAGAGAACCCGACUCCAAAAAUGUCACAAAAGUUAAAAUUAUAAGAGCUGUAACCUACAAAUCAAUGGGAGCUUUUAGGGAUUUGUUCAUUAGCUUCUCUCCAUUGUGAAUGUGUAUUUGCCCCACUUUGAGACUGACUUACUGACAUUUGUGUUCAGUUAAGUGUGCCAUAGUUAGUAAAAGUACCUGGCUUGUCUUAGUGAUCAGUGCAUAUUGGAAAAUAAUUCCUAUUUAUAAAAUCAGAAUGUGCAUUGGAGAUAAUGAUGGAAAACUAUCUAGAGGCCAAACGAAUGGACUUUUGGAAUUAAACCCCUCUCAAGCUCUUCCUGGACUAAUUUCACUAUGGCUUGUGUUUUGUUUUAAACCCUUAAUAGUGACUGUGGAGCCACAUUAUUUCCGUGGUCAAUCCAGGCAAGUAGAUUUCAUCAUGUUCUCCAGUCCUGUGUGUAAGAGAAAGGACAGCAGGCAUGCGUGGUGGCUGAGAGCUCACUACAGGCUAUGGUGUUUUGAGCCAACAUGCUCCUGUCCUGUCAGAGAGGAGUGGGAAAAAACGCAGUGUCGCGAGGCCCGCUGGGCUUGACUGUUGAGGUGAUUUUCCCAGGUUGCCAUGUUGACACAGGGCAGGUCCAUGCCCUUGAAAAAGAAUUGUUUGUCACCUGAUUACAUAGUUGCUACCAAAUAGCUGAAACUACAAUUGGAAGAUUGGAGAAUAGCAGGAAAUAUUAAUAAUGCCUUCCUGGGUUUUCUGGUUUUUGUUUUUUAAAUCAGGCUGAUUAAAUUUCUUCCUGACAAGUAACCAAGUACUUAACUUUUUUUUCUUAAAUAAUUCCAAUAGUAAAAGUUUUUAUAAUUCUUGGUCCUACUAAGUGUUUUGCCAUCUUUCCUCAUCAUGUUUUGAGUUUCCACCGACCCUUCUGAUUUGGUUUGGUUUCUGCUCUGAUGGCUUGUCUUCAACAUGUAGAAUCAGGUAGUUCUUGGGAGGAAAAUGCUCAGGAGUGGCCGCCGCUGUGUAAAGAUAUUUGUACUGUUCUAUUCUUGUUACUGCUGUAACCUGUUGGACUGAGAGUAAUAUAGUUUCUUAAAGCCUCUGCUCUCUCCUUUGUCA